UCCGGCUCAUCGAAUAAUCGCACGAUGGAGUCUCGUACGGGUAGAAAUAAACAACGAUACAAUUCGAAGGGUGAACGAUUAGUAGCCGGAGUAGUGCCUCUGACAGAGGACAGGCUAUACGUCCUACUCAUACAAUCGACUCGGAGAAAAGGUUGGGUUCUCCCCAAAGGAGGGUGGGAAUCAGACGAAGAAUGUACAGAAGCUGCCGAGCGUGAGGCUUGGGAAGAGGCGGGCAUAAUUAUUCGCAUCGAUUACGACCUAGGCGACGUCAUUGACUCGCGGCCACCUAAGAGGCUGUCAAAGGAUGCGCCCAAGGCACUAUAUCGCUUCUACGAAGCCACUGUCCUAACUGAGGAAAAUAACUGGCCAGAGAAGCAUAAGAGGGAACGUCAAUGGUUUACGUAUUCCCAGGCGAAGGAGGCCCUCUCCGAUCGACCGGAGCUUUUACAAGCUCUCGAGUUAUCUACCAUGCAUAGAUCUUAGCAAGUUCGGGUCCUUUCGAGACUGCUUUCGAAGAAUGAUUGUAUCCAUUCUUCGAGGUUCCUCGUCUCGUGCUGCGACCCGGCACGCACAUUUCUCUUCUCCAUACGAUUCAUAUGACCAGGUUCCAAAUUGG